AUGGGGCACAGGGGCUGGGGAGUGAAGGGGCAGGGCUGCGCUGGGCAUGGGGUGCAGGGGCUUGGGAAAAGGGGACAAGGUGGGCAUGGGGCACAGGCCUGGGGAGUGGGGAGCAGGGUGGGCACAAGGCACAGGGGCAGCGGGCCAGGGCGGGCGUGGGGCACAGGGCCUGGGGAGUGGGGCGAGCGUGGGGCAGGAGGCCAGGGCGGGCGCGGGGCACAGGGCCUACCCUGCCCUGACGGCAUCUCCCCGCCCGGCCCCGCAGGCUACGACUUCCCGGCCGUGCUGCAAUGGUUCGCGGAGCGUGUGGACCGCAUCAUCCUGCUCUUCGACGCCCACAAGCUGGAGAUCUCGGACGAGUUCUCGGAGGCCAUCCGAGCCCUGAAGGGCAACGAGGACAAGAUCCGGGUGGUCCUGAACAAGGCCGACAUGGUGGAGACGCAGCAGCUGAUGCGGGUCUAUGGGGCCCUGAUGUGGUCCCUGGGGAAGGUGUUCAACACCCCCGAGGUGCUGCGUGUCUACAUUGGCUCCUUCUGGGCCGAGCCGCUGCUCGUCUCCGACAACCGGCGGCUCUUCGAGCUGGAGGAGCAGGACUUGUUCCAGGACAUCCAGAACCUGCCCCGCAACUCGGCCCUCCGCAAGCUCAACGACCUGGUCAAGAGAGCCCGGCUGGUCAGGGUGAGCGGGGCACCGCGGCGGACCUGGGUGCCCGCCUCACCCAAGGCUGGGGCGCGAUUCCUCUUCCUCACCGAGGAAGUCCGUGAACGCAGCACCGGGAGGUGGCAAGCAAUUCCGAACUCCUCAGGCUGGCACGCGCUGGGCACCAGGCAGGAGCUGCUGAUGGUUCACGACUUCACCAAGUUCCACGCACUGAAGCCACGGCUGCUGGACGGGCUGGACGAGAUGCUGACGGGCGACAUCGCCCGGCUCAUGCCCCUGCUGCGCCAGGAGGAGCUGGAGACGCCGGAGGGCGUGGUGCAAGGUGGGGCCUUCGACGUCACCCACAACGGCCCCUUCGUGGAGGGCCUGGCUGACGGCGCCUACGAGGGGGCGGACGACGAGGACUGGGUGGUGACCAAGGACAAGCCCAAGUACGACGAGAUCUUCUACAACCUGGCACCCCUGGACGGGAAGCUAAGCGGCACCAAGGCCAAAAGCUGGAUGGUGGCCACCAAGCUGCCCAACUCGGUGCUGGGCAAGAUCUGGAAGCUGAGCGACGUGGACCGGGACGGCAUGCUGGACGCCGAGGAGUUCGCCCUGGCCAGCCACCUCAUCGAGGUCAAGCUGGAGGGGCAUGGUCUGCCCGCCGACCUGCCCCGCCACCUGGUGCCCCCCUCCAAGAGGAGGCAGAAGGGCUCGGCCGAGUAAAGAGGCCCCGACUCCUGCCUCCCCGCCCCGUGCCAGGCUGAACUGCUCCGAGAGACCCGGAUAUUCCCCCCGCUCCCUCCGUGCCAGGCUGAAGUGCUCCGGGAGACCCCGAUUACUCCCCCCACACCCUGUGCCAGGCUGAACUGCUCCAGGACACCCCAGCUCCCACCCCUCCCACCC